AUCCCAGCAACCACAGACGCCAGCGUCCUCGAGCUGGGACUGAACUUAUCUGGGGGUUUAAGAGUGAUUUUUCAUUUUUCAGCAUGAUGGACGUUUCACUGGAAGCAAAAACCAAACCGCUGGCUACACUGUCAGCCUUCAGCUACAUCCCACCGCGAAGAAGUGAGCCCAAAGAACUGUCCUACUUUAACAAAGAACGGAAGGUCUCGGAUGUCUCUAUGUAUGACCGAUUACACAACCACGUUGAAGGUUAUGAUAUAAGGCUGCCCCGGGAUAACAAAAAUCAUUGGAAAGGAAGAGGACUUGACAUAAACAAGGAGGAGAGGUCCAGAGCUCUGCCGGUGCUGUCCUCAUCAGAGUACGGCCAUCGUCCUCCUGCUCCCGCCUUCUGCAUCACCGAGCGGCAGUAUGCACGUGUGGCUUGUAUUAAAUCUGAAAUCUACAUGAAAAAUGGGAUCCUAUGGAAUGUGGAAGAAGGAUACGGAUCAGUGAUCCCUAAUUAAAAGCUU